AUGGGGAUGUUUAACGGGGUAUUCUUUGCCAUGUUUGCGUUUGACGCCGUUUGGAGCAACCUCGUUUCAUCGCUGAUUCUAAACAAACCCGUAGAGAUCUAUUUCAACGGAACAGGGCUUCCAAACCCGCUGAAUUUAACAAUAGCAAUUGAACAGGAGCUUAUCGUCACCGAGUUCACAAAGGCAUUUGUCAGCUGUGAGAUCGGCGUCCAGAACAAUGGCUGGACAAUGCUGGCCUUUGUUGCAGGACAGUUGCCAGGCAACCUCGCAGCUGGACGGUUGGUCAAACACCUAGGCUGGCCCAUCAUGUACAUCCUGGCAUUUCUGUGCAACUGCGCAUGCUUGACCAGUAUGUUGCUCUUCGAUCCGGUGAACAGGGGCAUGGAGUUCUAUUUUCUGAUUCCGGUUGCAUGGGGUUUUUCGGACUCGGUGUGGAUGACUCAGUCUUCAGCAUACGUGGGGCAUAUGUUUCCAGACGAAAAGUGGCCGGCAUUCGUGGGGGUCCGCUCAGCCCUUUAUGUUGUAUGGGGUUCACUGUACGCCACAACAAACUUCAUCUGUAUGGAAGGCAAAAUAUACAUUGCGUUUGGUGUGAUGGGAUUUGCGUUGUGUUCUUUUGAAAUGUUUGAAUUCCUUCACCGUAAAGAGAAGAAAAAGUAAAUGCAGACGGUUUAAAUUUUACAGCAGCCUUUCUUCAUAUUACAGCAAUAUUUGUCCAAUAUUCAAUUUCCAUUGAAUAGAGGAGCCUGCAACCUGCAGUGACACUGCAUCUGGAUACGUUGAAAGUAAAAGUGUCUUAAUUUACAUUUCAAUUUUCAUUUAGAGCUUGGCUUCUUUCUGUAUGUUCAUUCCUAACAAAUAGCAAAUGCUUGUAUCUAAAUGAUGCUACAACUGAAUAUAUUAAAACAUACCUGAAUU